AUGCGUACAUUCGACAACGGUGUGGUAGAGGAGGAGGAGGAGCAAGACAAGAUUUGGGUGGACAGUGCAGCGUUUGACAUAGUCAUUAGCUGCAUCAUCGUCUUGAAUGCCUUCAUAAUUGGCCUUGAGACAGAUGUGAGACGCGACUCGAAAGAAAGAGAUGCUAGCUGGAUUGUGGCUGAAGUUUUCUUUCUGCUCUGCUUCUUGGGCGAAGUUGGUCUCAAGAUGUACUACCAUACGUGGCGGUGGGCAUUCUACAGUUUCUCCAACAUACUAACGAUCUUCAUCUGCUUCAUGGCCUUCAUUGAUUGCACGAUCUUGAACCCCAUAGGAGUAUCUGGCGUGCUUCGAAUGUUUUCCAUGUUUCGCAUUGUUGGCAUCUCGCGGCUGUACAAGCUGAUCAAGAGGUAUCGCCGCUUGGAUGAGCUCCGGCUCCUUCUGCAGAGUUUGAAGGAUUCGAUGCAAACGCUCUUCUGGACUGUGGUUCUCCUGGUCGUGGUUCUCUACAUUGCUGCCGUGAUUCUAACACAGCAGAUUGGCCACAACGUCGAAGUGUACGGCAACUACCGAAAGCUUAGCGGUGGCUGGGAUCACGAGGAGUUGUUCGGAACAGUGGGGCGAAGCAUGUUUACUUUAAUGCAGGUCAUGACUUUGGACAGCUGGCUCAGCAAGGUGGUGCGACAUGUGGCCGUGAAUCAGUGGUACAUGAUCGCCUUCUUUUGUGUUUUUCUUCUUGUCACGACAUUCGGCAUCAUGAACAUCCUGGUGAGUGUCAUUGUGGAGCAGACUUUAGCAGCUUCACUCCAGAACAAGCAGCGUCUACGAGUCCGCGAGGAGAAGGCCCAGCGUGCCGAGCUGGACAGUAUCAAGGAGAUCUUCUUGAUUUCAGACACAGACGGAAGCAACAGCCUGGACCGAGAUGAAUUUCUUGCAGCCGUGAAGAAUCCAGAGGUGCAGUGGCGAAUGAAGAUGCUCGAGCUGCCGGUUGCCGAAACAGUUAAACUGUUUGGCGUGCUCGACGGAGAUGGUUCACAAACACUCAGCUACACCGACUUCAUCCAGGGCUGUGCGAAGCUCAAGGGCCACGCAAUGAGCAAGGACAUGCUGGCAGUCAUGGCGCAGGCAGAUGCACUUGCGACGAAGAUGGACCUUAUGGAUGAUUCACUUGCCGAGAGCGAGCGCAUGGUGGCUGGCCUGGAUGAGAUUUCUUUGCGAAUUGUCCGACGUUUUGAGUCUGCUGUCGUGGGCUCUCGUCGCCGCAUGGCUCAUGCAGCCGGAGGCUCCAAGCCCAUUGUCCCACCAAAGCGCGACGGUCCCGGAGGGGACAAUGUGCCACUUUCAGUCGGAAAUCGACCCAACUUGCCACCCUUCCCGGAUCUGUUACGAUGA